UCAUUAUUAUAAUUUUGAUUAAUCAUACACUUUAUAAAAUAAUAUUUAUUAUUUAUUUAUCCCACUGGUACACUCUAUUGAUAAUUUAUCCUUGUUAUUGGAUCUAAUUGAGACAUGACCCUUUCACCUUGUAUUUAAAUAAAAAUUAAUUGUCCUUCACUUGUUAACACAAACAAGUUGUAAAAAAAAAAUACAUUAUAGUGAUAAAUAAAUUUAAAAAAAAUAAUAUUGAUAAAUGGAAUGAUCCAAAAUAUUUUUUAUAAAUAAAAAUAAUAAAUAACAAGUGUCUAUUUGAUUUAAAAAAAAAUAAGAUUUAAAUAUUAAAAUUAAUUUUUUAUAUUUAUUUAAUAAUUUAAAAUGAAAUAAUAUUAAUUAAUUGAUAAUAAUAACGGGAUGGAAUUUUUUAUCUGUCGCAGUAAUGACGAGCCACCAAGUUAUCAAGUUGUACUGGUCUAGUUUCGAUCGAACAUGUUACUUGGUUACCUGCUUUGCCUCACACUGAAUACUGCACCAACAUGAUAGAUAUAUAUAUUUAAAAAUUUACCCUUUUGUAGGGGAUGCAUUGCAAUCCUUCCCAACUGUCUCUUCUUACCCCUUGAUAGUCUAUAAAACCCCCAACAACAAACUCACUCCCUUUUUUUAUACUAGCGUGUAUUCUAGGCGCGAAAUAAAAACUAUCGACGCAGUAAAAUGUCAAGAAGACACGCGACCUACCGCAACUAUUUAUAUUUUUUAUAUUGUUGAUAAUAUGCAUGAAAAAUAUUAAUAAAUAAUAUAAAACAAUUGAUGAUAAUUCAAUAAAAACAUCAUCAUGUCAAAUUGAUUUUUUUAUUUCUUUUAUUCCAUUUGAAUUGGUGAUGGAUUUGUUUGAUCUUUAAUCCGGAAGAAAAGCUAUUUCGAAUCCAUAGCAACAUAAUAAAAUUUACAUUUUUUUAUUUAUAAUAUUUAUUUUAAAUAAUUAAAAAAUAUGACGGAUUGUCUUUCACUUCAAGGAUUGGAAAAUCGCAUGAAACAUGUGUUGAGAGAAAAAGAAGAAAAACGUGUUCAAGGACGUAGAAAAAAUUUAUUGUAUCUUAUUUUAGAUUAUUUGAGACGUGAAGGGUUGAGGGAUAGUUCUGAGGUUUUGGUUAACGAAGCUAAAUUAACACCGGACAUAGCAGUAUGUGAUAAUAUUGAUCUUGAUUCGAUACUUUUGGAUUAUGAAGAUUAUUACAUGUCAAAGUUUAAUCGAUUGCCAAAAUUAUGUAAAAAAAUUGAUAAUCCAAUUUCCUGGUGUCAGUCAGACUCUUCAUUGAGGGUCAAUAAAAUAAAGUCACAAAAAAAAUCAACAUCAGAUGAAAUGAUACAAGAAAAAAAAAGAAUUAAUAAAUCUCAAGAUAUUGAUGAUAAUUUUGGAAUGACUGUCUUUCAAAUACCUGGUGUACCAUCUGGUAAAUCUCAAGGAUCUUUAAAUAUUAUUGAAAAUGUAAAAAUCAUACGACCAAUUGAAGAAAUGUAUUCUCCUGGUUCAGAAUUUCGUGACAUUGCUGACUCCAUAAUGAAGGAAAUUAUUUUAACAGAUUUAAAUGUACACUGGAAUGAUAUUUUGGGUCUUGAUAAUUGUAAAAAAAUUCUUCAAGAAUCAAUAACAUAUCCAAUUAAAUAUCCAAAUUUUUUUUGUGGUAAAUUUUCACCUUGGAAAGGCUUUUUACUUUAUGGACCACCUGGAACUGGAAAAACUAUGCUUGCAAGAGCUGUUGCAACUGAGUGUAAUUGCACAUUUUUUAAUAUAACUGCAAGUAGUUUGAUCAGCAAAUGGCGAGGUGAUUCUGAAAAAUACAUUAGAGUUUUAUGUGAACUGGCAAAACAUCAAGCACCCUCGAUUAUUUUCAUUGAUGAAAUUGAUUGGAUAACAAGUGAUACAAACACAAGUGGAAUUACAUCUGAGCCAUCACGUCGUUUUAGAUCAGAAUUAUUAUCAAGACUCGAUGGAUUAAUAUCACUUGAAAAAACAAAUGUUAUAUUAUUAGCAACAACAAAUUCUCCAUGGAGUCUUGAUUCAGCUUUACUUCGACGUCUUGAAAAACAUAUUCUUGUUGAUUUUCCAGAUGAAAAAAGUCGUCGUAAAAUAUUAGAAUUUUAUACAGAUCCUCAUCUUCAUAGAGAAAAAUCAUUUGAACAAUUAAUUAUAGAAACUGAAUAUUAUUCAGGAUCUGAUUUAAAACAAUUAUGCAAAGAAGCUUGGAUGACACAAUUUAGAAAAUUUAUGUCAGUUAAAAAAAAUAUAUCAAACAAUGAAAAACCUCCAGAAUUAAUUUCUUCAAUAGCAUCACUUGAAGAAGCUAAGAAUUUAAUUUAUCCAACAGCUAAAAAUUUAGCUGAUAAAUAUAAAACUUGGGAGUCUAGAAAUAAUAAAUUAUAA